AUGAACCCAAGGGUGAUUCGCGCAAAUAUCAAUGAAGUUAUCGAUAUCGACCGUUUUGGUAAUCUGAAGAAAUUAUUACGAGUAACAGCUUACGUUUUGAGAUUCGUCAACGCGUUAAAGAAAGCGAAGCAAUAUGAUAAAGGAUCGAGAGAUUUGAAAUUUCUGUCAGCGUCAGAAAUCGAACAGGCCGAAAUUAUGUGGUUGUGUUCUGUUCAAGAAUUGUCGUUUGCGAAAGAAUCGGAAUUUCUGCAACGGAAUGUGCAGAAAUCACCGCCACAACAUGUGACACAAUUCGGGUUGUAUACGGAUGAAAGUCCCGUUAUACGAUGUAUGGGUCGACUCGACAAUUCUUCCUUAGGCUUGGGAAGCCGACGUCCAAUUCUAGUUCCUUCUAAACAUCGUUUUGUGGAAUUGUUAAUCCGAGAGGUUCAUGAACAAGUAAAGCAUAAUGGUAUGCGAGACACUUUGACUACAGUACGCGAACGAUUUUGGAUCAUAAGGGGGAGAGAAGCGGUAAAAAGAAUAAUUUAGGAUUGCGUCGUGUGUCGUAAAGCGGAAGAACUGCCAUAUAAUUAUGGACAAGCCCCAGUUCUUACUUCCUGUAGGGUAUCAGACGAUCCACCAUUCACAAACGUGGGCCUAGAUUUUGCUGGGCCAUUGUAUGUACAAGGUAAGAAGAACGAACUUGACGAGAAUUCAAACAAAGUUUACGUUCUGUUGUUCACCUGUGCGUCAAUUAGAAAUUACGCCAUCCUUAACUGUGAAAUCAUUUUUGAGUGCAUUUAGGAGGUUUACAAGUCGAAGGGGAUCGCCGGCGCUUCUUCUAUCAGAUAAUGCAAAAACAUUUAAAGCUGCUUGUAAGGAAAUUCGUCGAUUGUGUCGAGCUGAGGAGGUGUGACGUUAUCUGGCCGACAAGAAAAUAUCGUGGAAAUUUAUCGUCGAGAAAGCUCCGUGGUGGGGCGGGUUUUGGGAGAGACUCAUAAAAAGUAUCAAGCGACCACUAAAGAAAGUAAUUGGAAGAACAAGCCUUAGUUUCGAUGAACUUCGAACCUUGAUUGUGGAAAUUGAGGGCUUAUUGAAUGCACGUCCCAUAACCUACUUCUAUGAUGACACCGAAGCUAUCUCGUAUCCACUCGCACCGUCGCAUCUAGUCUAUGGACGGCGAAUUACUACAUCUCCAAACACCCAACAUGAAGUGGUUAGUACCCAUAAGUUAUUAACUAGGAGACUUCGACAUCACAAACAAUUACUCGAGCGAUUUGCGAAUCAAUGGAGAAAUGAAUAUUUGUUGUCAUUACGCGAACAUUCGUAUCCAAAACCGAGAAACAACCGGGAGUCAGGCAUCGCAGUUGGAGAUAUAGUUAUCGUUAGAAAUGGAAAAUCGAAUCGAAACUUUUGGAAGUUAGCAAAGGUGGAAGAGUUACAAUCUGGAGAUGAUGGAGUGGUUCGCGCAGCGACGAUCAUAAUAUGUCGAGAAAAUUCAAGCCAUUCCCAAUUAUUGCAUCGUUCAAUAAAGCAUCUGGUCCCGAUAGUAGUACGACAGUUGCCAGACGAUCAGAAAGUAGCAGAGCAAGGAGAAGAAGAUAAGCAAAUACUACCUCAAUCAACACGGCCUCAAAGAGAUACUGCCAUAACUGGACAACUUAGGCGGUUGAAGCAAUCAGGCGUUUUGUAA